UGUUGUUCCCCGGCGGGUGUUGAUAAGGUGGUGUGAUGCAUGGACUUGUGCAUCGACAGCAGGCCUGAGCGGGUGGAAGGGUCGCGGUGGAAAUACGCCCUGUGGGAAAGACGAGUUCUUGCCGUCUGAGCACCACGUUGCCAGGCUCCUUGUUGUUGUGUAGAUCUCCGACACCCUUCCCACCACCAUGGAGUCACAUUUAUCCCCAUAACGCCAUUGCCCUCGCCCACACCGUCUAGUCAUGGCGACGCCCAUCGCCUACUCGCUCGCAGACCUCCCGCGGGAAGUCCUGAGCGUCAUUGCGCUGGCCAUCUAUGACCCUUUGGAAUUGUCCCAGCAAGACAGGCUGACAUGGGGUAUCUUUUCGACAGUGGACAUGCACGAGGAAAGGCAGGAGAGUCUGCGAAGCUUGAUCCACCUCGGCUUGACGUGUCGCAAGAUACGCCGGGAGGUCAAGCCGCUUUUGUUUACCUGCGUGAGGGUGGGCACUGUGGAAUGUGCGAAGGAGAUGAUUGAAAACUAUGCGACGUGGGGGGUGUACGUGAGGAGUAUCAUCAUCGACUGUUCAAUGUUUGAGGUCCAGCAGAGCCACGAAGACUUUUAUCCAGACCUGGAAGAGGCUCCCGUCAACCCUCGAACUUGCUGGGAAGAAUCGGCUCUGCUGGUAUCACUCUUGACCGCCCUGCCCAAUCUCGAGCACAUCUCCUUCUUCGCCGAUGCCUCCGACGACACCACCCUCUCUCUCAUGUUUGCCGCCCUCAUCCCCUCCGCCCUGCCCAGUGCCAGUGGCGCCAAUUCAUUCUCAUGGCAGUCCCUCGAGGAUACAGACUCUACCGGCCAUGUCCCCUUUGCACAACGAAUCAAGUCGUUCGGCUGGCGCCAACGCGCCUCCCCUCCUCAGUUCUUCCAUCAGUUCUCCCAGACAUCCCCGUUCAUCUCCAUCCACCACUUUAUCCGGCACGCUGUCAACUUGUCGUUUCUCGUGCUGGAUACCAACACGUAUGUCACUGCCGGUUCCGACAUUCUCGCGGUGUUGCGCGAGCUUGCGGCGAGGCAAGUGCCGGCAGGUGGGAGGGAACGGUUGAGCUUGAUGUUGUGUGGGCCUAUAGACGGGUGGGAGGCGGAUUUCCUGCAUGAUCUUGGGGAUACGUAUGAUGAUAUCGGAGAGCUCUUCAUCGAUCGGCCUAUGGAAGGCUCCAUGAUCCCAGUCAGCGGCGAAGAAGACGUCGGCGUGCUCCUCGACCUGCUCCAACCCCUCACAAGCUUACACCACCUCCACCUCCUCCAAGUCGGGUCCUACGCAUUUGACACCCCGGCCCGUCUACGCUUCGCCACCGUGCUCUCUGUCAACCUCCCCUCCUUGCGGGUGAUGGGGCUUCUAGGGUCAGAUGGGGAGACGUUGUGGAUGGUGGCGUGGCGGGAGAAGGGGUUGGAGCGGGCGAUGAAGGCUGCGGCUGCUGGGGGUGGGGGUUUGACUUCGGGGGCGCCGUUGAGGGAUUCGUGGGUGAUGACUUUGCAAGAUGGGGACCUCGCGGAGGUGGAUCAAUGGCCGGAUACAUGAGGAUUCUUCUUUAUACUGUUGGUGAAUUGGCAUGUGCAUAGGAGAGGCGCAUUGCGAGGAUAGGGGCAAUUUUGUACAAGUCGUAUAAUGGUACUUUCUCUUUCUCGUUGUUAUAUUAGGUUGUCACCAUAAUGUAUCUUCUUCUUGC